AUCAUAUGGCCCAUAACUUACUCCAUAUUUAAAUGCGGUGAUAUUUGCGAACCUUUUGGGCUGAAAAGCGUAGGAUUUGCACGCUUGUGCUUUGCAGCAGCAGAUUUACCCCUAUUUUAAGUGCCCCAGCUCGCGAUUUAUUUAUAAUUCCUUUCUACGACCCUUUUUUCGCUUACCUAAUUAGAUAACGGCGUGCGAUGCUUUUUGCUUCCAUAUACCAUAUUGAAAGAAAGACUUUUCGUCGUGUUAUUUUUUUCCUUUUCUUCUUGUUUUUUCUCUUUUUUCUCUUUUUAUCUGGAGCGCGGCAACCCAUUCCACAAGCCAAAAGUCACAACCCGCUUUUCCCACCUCAAGCUUCCGGCAUCGUCACUCUGUCACCCGUACCGCUUCUCAAUAUUAUUGGCCUAGUUAUAAAUCAUGUGAUUUUAUUUCUAACAAGGAAAUUUCCAACUACAUCUCCAACACUUUUACCUUAACUCCUCGGAAAGCCUACUGAUGACGGGCUGGAGAUCAUUAGGAUCCAUGAUGUUUGUACAAUAUCUACCCCCAUUCAUUGGCAAUGAGGGCAAAAUGCCAAAUUACUAUGGGCCGGCCUAUACACCGCCGAGAAUACAUGCAUCGGUAUUUCUGAAAGCCCGUGGCCUGCUCGAUUGCGCCGCUCAUAGGUGAUGUACAUUCUCACCGACUAUACUAACUUACCUGGAGCCCAUUCGUCUCUGAAAGGGGUGGGUCAAAUACGAAUAAUAAAAUCAGCAUCAGAAAUCGAUUCUUCUAGUCGUUCUAUCGUAAUUAUAGAUAUUAUUUGAACAAUGCAUGAAAGAUGAUGCGUCUCCGCCACGACUAAUUAUAUAAAGAGGGUUUCCAUUUUAUUGGUUGGUAG